AUGAUUGAUUGAGCGAGUCAAUCGGAUUUGAUAGGGCGAAACGAAAGCAGCAAAUUCAUCUCCGCUCCAUCCCUUCCCCUCGGCUCUCAUCGCUGCGUCACCUUGUUGAGAUGCCGACGCCGCCUGAGAACCGCCAGAAGCUGGAUCCAAUGGAUGCCAAAUUGCGAUUAUUCCCGCAGAAUUCGCACGAGAUUCCCGGUUUUGCCCAAAAGAAGGGCUUCUACUCCGAUCUCCAUCGAAGCAUCCUGAAGGUCGACCGUGUUGAGCGUGGCCGCGUCAUCUGCUCCCUCACCGUCGAUUCUGCUGUCGCAAAUAAAUACAAGACAUUGCACGGAGGGGCGGUCGCUUCAGUGGCAGAGAUGGUGUCGCUUGCCUGUGCGAAGACGGUGGCUGGAGAUAAGGACUUCUUCCUUGGGGAGUUGACAACUGCUUAUCUCUCUUCGGCGAGCCUAAAUGAAGUCAUUACAGUUGACGCAUUCAUACUAAGGCAGGGGAGAAGCGUGGUUGUAACAUCAGUAAAUUUCAGUACAAAGACAACCGGGAAACUUCUAUAUACAUCUCGUUCUACCUUUUACAUUAUGCCAGUGGCCAGUCUGUAAACCCCUAUUUUACAAACCAACAUUUUAAGAAACAUGGUAUAUACAUUAUAUAACAUUAAGUACAUUGUUCGUGAUUA